CUGACCCGCACGGGAAGAAGGGAAAGUGUACAAAUGGUACAUAGACAGGCGUUAAAAGAGUCUGUUCUAUCAUGGCUACAUUACUGGAACGGUUGGUUUUCCUACAAAAAGUGCCCACACUCAUGCGUGCAACAGCAGAUGACGAAUCGCCCUGUCCUGGUUAUAUCUUUGAGGAAAUCGGCAAAAUUUCCCAUGAGUCAUCAGGCUGCUGCCAGUGUCUUCUGGAGUACCUCUUGGAACGACUGCAGGUGAAGUCCUGCCACGUCAAACUCAAGGCCCUGAAGAUCCUCUUGCACCUAUCAAGCCAUGGACCACCUCACUUCCUCACAGAGCUACGGCGGAAUGCUACUUUUAUACGGGAAGUAAUUGUCUACAGCGGCCCCCCAGACCCCAUCCAUGGUAAUGCGCCCUUUCAGAAAGUCAGAGGCUCGGCUCAGGAGUUGGCUGUCCUUCUCUUUAAUGAUGCCAUGUCCCCAGAUUCUGCAUUCUCUCCAUGUAAAACAGUAACAACUUCCAUGGGAAUGGGCUCAGAGACACACAGGUCUGGCAUGCAGGGGUUUGGAUACAGCCCAGGAAGAAAAGAGUUUAGUGGAGGGACUCUGUUGGACAAGAUCCAGAAAGCUGCCGUGGUGGUUGCCAGCGCUGUCCUUCCUCCGACAGAGCAUCCUGGAAUUCGCCUCCAUGACAACCACUACCACGCUGUAGUGGCGCCCUCUGCUACUGUGGAGAUGGCAAUGCCAGCGUGUGCCUACAAUAUACAAUCCCACAUCCACAGAGCGAAUCACAGGUGUCCAGGGCAGGCUGGUGGAGGCUGGGAGGAAAUGGACAGUGGGCACAGCUCCUCUCACAACUCCUCCCAGGAGAAUACUUUAGCCAGCCAGGCCUCAGUGGGCAGAAGCAGUAAGUCGGGUGGCUCGGGCAGCCACUCAGGGGCAAGUCGAGAGAGCGGCAACCUAUCAGAGCAUGUGGAGGCCAUGCAGUUGGGGGACUGUGGUUCGGAAAUGGCACUUAUCAACAGUUUGACCAGUGGCUCCAAAGUCGUCUUAUCCAGAGAGGAGAGCCAGCACUUCAUCAAAGAAUGUUCCACUCUGAACUGUGAGGUGGUCGUUGAACUUCUCUCUCGCAAACUCCAGGAUCACACCCAAAUUGUCCAAAUGAGGGCAUUGUGCGCUCUUGCCUCCCUGAUGUCUUCAGACUUCCUCUGUCUAGACCACAUUUUCAAUAUCACACACAAACGCCUUGCACAACUUAGUGAAGGAACAACAGGGCCUGUUGCCAACAAGGCAACCAAGCUCCUAAGGCAGUUUGAGGCUUUGCUUUGUUGUGUUACGAAUCCCGGGUGUGACCGUGCUGAGGGUCCAGUGUCGUCCCGCUCUGUACUCUCACAGCAGCCCACCGAAUCUUUGACCAACCCCAUCCCUCCAGAAACAUUUGGAGAAACAGCAACCUCUAUAAUCCUUUCAGAAAUGUCACAUCAUGUGAAAGGUGAACAAGCAGGGGAGGAAAACAGACCCACAAAUAUCUCCAGGGUCCCAGAACCUCCCAGACUGACGCUCUUCAGUGGAAUGCAGCUGGUGAACAGAAGCAAACCUGUAUGUUUGGUUGAACCUGUUCUUGUCGAGUCAAAUGGCCAGACAAGUGUGGAGGCCAAUAUAGACACAGACUGUGUGAUUGAGAAAAGCUUUGAGAGAACUUCAGGGUCACCCACAUCUACUGCUGGUGAACCUGAGCAUUGCAGUGAAGUGUCUGCGUUCUCUUUCCUUAAUCUCAGAUGCAAACAUUAAUUUAGAAAUAAACACAUUUUUAAGUAAUAUACUGGGUUCAUUACAAAUUAAGCUCCAUCAACAGCUUUUGUGGCAUGAUAUUGAUUACCACAAAAAAAAUCUUUUUUGACUUCUUCCUUUUCUUUAAAAAAAAAGCAAAAAUCUGGGUUCCAAUGAGGCACUUUGAAUGGAAGUGAAUGGGGCCAAUCUGUAACAAAAGUAUAGCCACAAGACAUAAACAAAAAUUGCUUACCUUUUCUGUGUAGUUAUAAUUUUACGGCUUCAUUCCAUGACGAUGCAAUGUCAACAAAACCUAAAACAAUUGUUAAAAAAUGUUUUAAACAAAUUUACAGCACAAACAAUACAUGAGUUUUAACAGAAGAAUUCAUUUAAGUGCUUUUAUAAAAUUAUAAGCUUCACUUUUCUGCCUUUUAAGCCCUCCAAAAAGUGACCCCAUUCACUUCCAUUGUAAGAGCCUCACUGUAACCUUGAUUUUUUCUUUAAAAAAAAAAAAAAAGAGGAAAGGAAGGACGAGUCAGUAGUUUUAUUCUGGUAAUCAACAUUAUGCCACAAAUACUGUCAAUUUAACUUAACUUGUAUUGAACCUGGAAUAUUCCUUUAAUUACGAUUGCAGUUUACUCUUUAUGUACUGUACAAAUGCUGCUAGUGGUUCACAGGAGUCAUUAUGAUCGCUGACAAUAUACUACUUGUAAUUCUGCUAAAUCAUUCUGAUUUUAAUGUGAUAUAAGAGAGAAACAACCCAGGAUACUUUUGCCGGUGUGCUGUUAAGCACAAGUGUUCCCGUAAUGGAUGUUACUCUUAGAAUUUGCACUACCUCUUCCCUACCUAAAAGUGUCUGUCUAUACUGUAUAAAAUAUGAAGAAAAAUUAAUACAGUGUUUCAUCAAAAUGUCUUUCCAGACCUUUAAACAUAUAUGCAACUAUGGGUAUACUGAACUGUCUUGUGUGGAAAUAUUAUAGUAUUUAAAUCUGAUAUAGGGUACUAAACUAUAGCAACAAAAGCAAUGUUUUAGGAAAGACUGUUCAAUAAAUAAUGAUCUUGUACAUGAAAUAACAAUUAGAAGGAAUUUACUUGUCAUGCACACACAUACAAAAAAAUGUCAGUGUUAGGUGUAAUGCAUUACCAAUUUUUCACUGAAAAAAGUAAGGGAUUACUCUUAUUUUUCUGUAAUUUAAUUAGUUCUGAUGUAAUUGUUAAAUAUUUUAUAUUUAACUAUUGAAAAAUUCUAUAUAAAACAAUAGUGAAUUUAAUAUAAAUUAACGUCUAAUGUAAAAAUAUGUU